UGUACACCGAUGGGGCAGCAAGUGCCAAGGGAUGCGGGGGGGGGGGGGUGCGGUCAUCACUUCCCCCGAGGGAUUCAAGGCUUAUUACUCCAUGGAAUUCAAGUUCAAAGUCACCAACAACGAGGCCGAGUAUGAGGCUCUUAUCGCAGGAUUGAGAUAUGCGAGGGCCCUCGGAGCGGCUCGUCUGAAUGUACGGAUGGAUAGCCAGUUGGUUGUGACACAGAUGAAUGGUACUGCUGAAACUCGGGAAGAACGGAUGAAGGCCUACAGGGAACUGUCAGAGGAGCAGACUGCGCAGUUCGAGCAAGUGAUCAUAGACCUGGUACCUCGGGUAGAGAACGCUGAAGCUGAUAUCCUAUCCAAGCUAGGCAAUCCCCUAUCCGGGGAACAGACGUCGUCCGUCCCACAACAUAUCCGGAAUUUGGCUAGACAGGAGGCACUACUCCGACCGGCGACAGAGAUGAUCCAGGUAAAUGCUGUUUCUUAUGCAGAUCCCAACUGGGUGAAGGAGGUGGCAGAUUAUCUCAGGAAUGGAAAACUCCCCCUCGAGAAAGAUGGACGCACCUCCGGAAGGGCCCCGUGGAUAAAGAGACGGGCGGCGAGCUUCGAGAUCAUCGGGGGUGAACUGUACAAAAAGACGUUCGUCGGGCCAUACCUCAGGUGCCUAUCGCCAGACUUGGCAGCAUCAGUCAUGGAGGAAUCCAUGAGGGCAUCUGUUCCAGCCACCAGGGACCCCAAACGUUGGCAAGGAAGAUCAUCCUACAGGGGUACUACUGGCCAACCAUCCAGCGGGACUGCUUCAACCACACCCAGAGGUGUGUGGUAUGCCAGCAGUACGCACCCAUUCCGGGAAGACCGGCCAGCUUCUACACCCCGAUGACCGUCGCCCUACCAUUUGCAAGAUGGGGGAUAGACUUGCUGGGGCCCCUUCCCAGGACGACCGACGGCAAGAAGUUCAUAAUAGUGGCCAUUGACUAUUUCACGAAAUGGGUGGAGGCCGAGCCAUUGAAGAAGAUCACUGAGUUCCAAUAUCAACGUUUCGUAUGGCAGAACGUAUUAUGCGGUUCGGCAUCCCGGAACAGAUCAUUACGGACAACGGUCGGUAGUUCGUCGGCAAGGGAUUCGAGGCAUAUCUGGCCAAGUGGGGCAUCCGGCAUUCCAAGACCUCAGUCGCGUACCCACAGGCAAACGGCCAGGUGGAGAAUAUGAACCGGACCAUCAUGGAUGGCAUAAAGAAAAAAUUGGAAGAUUACUCCUCAACCUGGCCGGAGCAGCUGAAUUAUGUCCUGUGGACGUACAAGACAACUCCAAGAACGGUGACCGGAGAAACACCGUUCGCACUAGCAUACGGGUUUCAGGCCAAGGUCCCCACCGAAGUGCUUGUGCCCACGCACCGGACUCUGCACUUUGACCCAGGACAGAACGAGGAAAAUCUAAAGGCAGAAUUGCACUUUAUCGAGGAGAGAAGGGACCUAGCCGCACGACGCAUGGAGGAAUAUCAUCGGGCAACCGAGAGGUAUUUCAACAAGUCGAUGAAAAUCAGAGAAACCAGGGUCGGAGACCUGGUGCUACGGAAGCAGGAGAAAGAGCAAGUCGCUUGAAGGAGGCAAGAUGGCCAAAACUGGGAAGGGCCGUACAGGGUAUACGAGAAGAGAUUGGCGGCAGGAACGUUCCUCCUACAAACUAUAGAAGGACGUUCCGCUGGCAUAUGGAAUGUGGAGCACCUGAAGAGAUUCUACCAGUAGGACCCCCCCCCCCCCCCCCCCCCCUCCCUAAAAAAACAGAGAAAGAGGGAGGGGGGAGACAAGAAGGAGGUAUUCCAUUCAUACAAUGUAACAGCAGGAAUUAAUGAAAACAAAGAGGCUUGGACAUUAGCCCAAAAAGUCCUGUGGUUUUUUCCUUUCCGGGUUUCCACGAUAAAAUCACGAUGUACAUCGUCAUCACAAAAAUACUACGAGCCUCCCGGCGGAAAACAGCAUCCCCUGCCGGACGGUACUAAUCGCCCAAACGGUAUAACCACCAUACCAAAGACCUCUCAAAAACAAUAGAGAGAGACAUCAGGGAAUCCCCAAAGGGGAUAAACCCGUUCCGCAUCACAAUCGCGGCCGAGACCAGCUCAGGAUUCCAAGGACCAGGCCAAAUGGGCAGGUAAGAUGAACGGAUGACGGGACGAAGACCGGGGAAUCCCCAAAAGGGAUAAACCCGCUCCGCAUCACAAUCGCAGCCAAGCCCAGCUCAGGAUCCACAGGACCGGGCCAAAUGGACAGGUAAGACGAACGGACGACGAAGCAAAGCCAAAGACCUCUCCAAAAACAAUAGAGAGAGGCACCGGGGAAUCCCCAGAGGGAUAAACCCGUUCCGCAUCACAAUCGCGGUCGAGCCCAGCUCAGGAUCCACAGGACCGGGCCAAAUGGGCAGGUAAGACGAACGGAUGACGGAGCAAAGCCAAAGACCUCUCCAAAAAAAAAUAGAGAGAGGCACCGGGGAAUCCCCAAAGGGGAUAAACCCGUUCCGCAUCACCAUUGCGGCCGAUCCCAGCUCAGGAUCCCAAGGACCGGGCCAAAUGGGCAGGUAAGACGAACGGAUGACGGGACGAAGACCGGGGAAUCCCCAAAAGGGAUAAACCCGCUCCGCGUCACAAUCGCAGCCGAGCCCAGCUCAGGAUCCACAGGACCGGGCCAAAUGGGCAGGUAAGACGAACGGACGACGAAGCAAAGCCAAAGACCUCUCCAAAAAAAAUAAUAGAGAGAGGCACCGGGGAAUCCCCAAAGGGGAUAAACCCGUUCCGCAUCACAAUCGCGGUCGAGCCCAGCUCAGGAUCCCAAGGACCGGGCUAAAUGGGCAGGUAAGAUGAACGGAUGACGAGAUGAAGACCGGGGAAUCCCCAAAGGGGAUAAACCCGCUCCGCGUCACAAUCGCAGCCGAGCCCAGCUCAGGAUCCACAGGACCGGGCCAAAUGGGCGGGUAAGACGAACGGAUGACGGAGCAAAGCCAAAGACCUCUCCCAAAAAAAAGAGGCACCCGGGAAUCCCCAAAGGGAAAGAAUAAGCUGAAAGACAAACGGGCGACAAAGUUUAAAGAUGAUCGCGGCAAGCAAGUAAUACACUUUAUUCAUCGGCUCUACUGGCCGGAAGGUACAACAUACACGAGUUCGGAGUGAAAUCAAGAGUACAAAAUAACCGAAACUGUCACGCCUCGGGGAGCUAUCCUUGAAUAUAGAUGUGCCUGCAAGAGCUUUCUAUGAACCCAGAAGCGUGAGGGGUGAAGUAAGCCAUCUUAAAAACAUUAGCCGCUUCGGGAAGAACGACCUGCUAGCCAGGAGGUGCGGCUGGCAAGCAGAAUUUGACAAACUCACUCAGCCAGGGGGGACCAUCCUUCACCUGGCACUUGCCCUUCAAAGCCUCCCCAUAAGCCUCAACAAACGAAGCAUUGAAACCAGCGGCCUCAGGAUCAAACGGGGCGGGGAGAUAACGCUGAAGAGCCGGGAGGUUUCCGGCCAAAAAGCCGAUCAUCCCUUUAGCAAAGGCAUCAUCGGCAAGCUCUGCAAGGAACUCCUGGCCAGCGGAGGUCCCCGAUACCAUCUCAAUGCCAUCCUUCAGCGCGUCAAAGCUCUUGGCCAGGAACUCCCCGAAGCUCUGGGCAAGAGGCUCCUUCACACGGACAUUCACGGCAUCGACAUAGGCACAGUACUUGUGGAACUCAAUGGAGCCGGCCUCCUUGAUCUUGGAAACAUCAGCCUCAAAAACAGGAACGGCCCCAUCCGUACAAACCAGGCAAAGCUGCACGUCGGACAUCUCCACGGCGGCCAUUUUGGCACGAAGCAGCUGCAGCUCCUCGGCUUGUUUCCUCACCGUCUCCUGAAGAGACAUGCUUCCCUUAGCGAGCCCAAGAGCAGCGCUCAAAUCCUGUUGCAUCUUGUGCAGACGCUCUUUGGCCUUCUCACCAAAUCAUCGACUUCACAACGCACCUGAGCGGAAGCACGCUCCUGAGCUUCAUAGGCAAACCGCGCCUUGCAGAAAUAAAUGGCGGCCUUGUUGAGUGUGCUAAGGCCACACUCAUGAAGAUCCACCGCGCUGUCACAAGCAGCAAAAUCACGAGGGAGUUUCAACCCCAGAGAGCAUCAAAUGGAAGAGGUUGUCUGCCCAAACAACCUUUUCGACUCCGUACGGGGGCCCAACCCGGAGAACUCAAUGAUAUCAGAAAACGAAUCCUCUGAACCGGACGGAGGAGGAUCGCUCGAACCUUUGCCCAAUGAGGUGACGGGGUGCGGCUUAGGAGGAGAGGCGGCCUCAGUAUCUGACCCAUCAAGGACCACCACGGCCUUGGAGGAUCCUUCCCCAUGGCGGGACUUUUUGGGGGGCCGUUCAUCCCCAGCAGGUUCGGCUUUGGGCCUUUUUGGCCUUGAUCCUCACCAACGAUCCGUUUUCCCUUACUAGCAUCAGCCCGACCGGAGGAGGGAGUAGCACGGGGAUGGGGGACCAUGGCAGAAGACCUGGGAUAAAGCCCAGCACAAAUGAGAUAAGAAAAAUUGUCAGAACAAUGUUUGGGAGUCACAAAAAAGAGAGUCCAAAACCCGGGCCACAGCGAGGACGUACCUAUGCCGGCCUUGCCCAAGUUGGUGUCAUUCACCAGCAAACGCAGGUUCUGGACCCCCUCACCGGCGAUACGAGCGGCAUGUUCCAGCUCGGCCGAAUGGAGAACCGGAGGCUCAAACUUGACCAGGAAAGCAUUCCACCGAUCGGAGAAGGGGGGAGGUGAAUCAACCCCGGCAAGGAAGAAUCUCUCCUCCCAGCUGUUCGCAUUGGAGGGGUUGUUGGAAAAGAGAACCCUCCACGAACGGUCCACUAUGCUGAGAUAACCCGUCUGGCCGUACGGGGAAAGCCGGAAGAAAUGUAGAAACAACUUCACGGACGGCUCGACCCCCACAUUGUGGCAUCGGAUUAUGAAACCGACAAGAAUCUGAUGGGAAUUCGGAACGAGUUGAGACGGGGCGAUACCAAGUCCCCUGAAAAGAGAGAUAUGGAAAGGCAACAGCGGGAAAAGAAAACCCGCUGUCACAGAGUCCAGAUGGACGACCACGUGGCCAGGUAGAUGCCGCAUAGGAUGGCGGAGGAACCGUGCGUCCCAAACCCGUGGAGGGGGAAGCAGCUGGGGAAUCAGGUUUUUCUCGCUAAGAAGCAGACGUUGGCGCUGACGCCGAACGAGAUGAAAGUUAAGGGAGAAACGAGGAGGCUGGGGGGCAUCCCACGCUUAUAAACCGAAAGGUCAUCCCCUGAGUUACAGCCGUCAUCGGAUAAGUUUCCGGAACGGCCAUGGGCAGACGGCCUAGGGACAACGGAAGACAUAGCAAGUACGGAGGAGAAAAUUCAGGACUUAAUAGGAAUCUAGAAAGAGAAAAUAAUCUGGCAGAGUAACAGAGUAAUCCCCCCGUUUUGGCAAUAGGGUAUUUAUAGGCGAAAACCACCCCGGCUCCCAAAUUGAGGGAAGACAUGUGGCGGACCAUGUUUGGUGCAUCCUACGGCUGAGGGACGCUUCGAGAUCCAAGCCGCCGGUGGCACGUACCGAAAUCACCCCCCACAACGAGAUGCAAAAAGGGGGGGGAGAAGAGAGAGAGAAGAAGAGGAAAAGAGCCCAUGAGCAAAAGGAGCAGGGGUCGUUCCUCGUCAGAAGAAGAGGAAAAGAGCCCAUGAGCAAAAGGAGCAGGGGCCGUUCCUCGUCAAAAGAAAAGGAAAAGAGCCCACGAGAAAAAGAAGCAGGGGCCGUUCCUCGCCAGAAGAAGAGGAAAAGAGCCCAUGAGCAAAAGGAGCAGGGGUCGUUCCUCGUCAGAAGAAGAGGAAAAGAGCCCAUGAGCAAAAGGAGCAGGGGUCGUUCCUCGCCAGAAGAAGAGGAAAAGAGCCCAUGAGCAAAAGGAGCAGGGGCCGCUCCUCGUCAGAAGAAGAGGAAAGAGCCCAUGAGCAAAAGGAGCAGGAACCGUCCCUCAUAAAAAAAAGAGAAGAAGGGGGAGAAAGGAGGAAAUUAUGAAUGAGUGAACAGAACGCAAGCCAUAAAGUGCAAAAGGAAGCUUUAUUCUUCGGCUCUACCAGCCGGAAUAUACAACUAAGAAAAAGGGGGGAACUAACAAAAUCAUGCAAGGAAGCCGUGAGGAGGGGAGCGUGGGGAGGCCGGCGGUUCUUCCGAUGGCACAAAGGGAAGCUCGGGAGUGGGGGAUCAGGGAUUUCACCCCUCUGAACGGCCGCUACGCACUGCUCAUCUCGGCCGAGUUUUCCCAUAACUCGCCGAAGCUCGGCCCCAUCAGUAUAAUCUUCCACGUUGAAAGGGGGACAGCCGACCAGAGGGAGCACACUCCUAAGGGCCUUGACACCUUCGAAGUACCCUUUGGCAAAGGCAUCGUCGGCAAGCUCUGCAAGCCACUCACCACCAAGCGCGGUCUUCUCUAAAAGCCGCACCCCAUGAACCAAGCGCUCCUUAUCCGACACCGACUGCAGCUCGACCUCGAAAACCUCCCCAGCAGUUCCCCGACAAUACUCGUAAGCGGCCUGAAGGAACUGGGUAGUUUUCUUGAACUCCUCCACAUUGAUGGCCAGGGUCAGAACGUCGCUGGGAGGAUCUCCGCCUUCAGAACGGGGGGCAGGAUCCGCGGCAGGAACAAAGGAAAUCCCAUGCUUCUCAGCAAGGGCCACCUUGGCAAGCAAGCCUUGUUUUUCAUGCUCGCCCUGAGCCCGAACGGCCAGGAGCUCUUGUUGAGCCUGGGCCAGGGCAGCCUGCGCUUUCUUCACCUCCGCCUGAGCAGCCUCCCGCAGCAGCACGGCCUCCUGCUCUCUCUUGGAAGCCACAUCGGUUUUCCUCUUGAGCUCGGCGAGAUCUUUCUCCCGAGCGGCCCUGGCCUGCAACAAGCUCAGCCCAGCCUGCAAGGAAGGAAAAUCGGUUAGAUGGGAAUGAGGAACGGUUUCAAAAAUAACAGGGGGGAAAUGUGGGGAACGUACCUCAAGGCUCAGAAGCAGAGCAUUACCAACAGAGUCGCCCGAAGUACGACCAGAAAACUCCAGCCCGGCCUGAAGGGCAAUGUCCUUCCAGACCUUAGAGAUCGGACGAACGGCGGAGGGCACCAUGACGUUCGUGGAUUUAGGAACAGAGGACUCAAUGUGCGGCCUCUUCGGCUUCUUCCCCUUGUCCUUUUCCCCACCAGCAGGGAUACCAACGCCGAUCGGGUCCACAUUCAGGACCCGGUUAUCUUGAGAAUGAUGGGCCUCAGAGGUUUGCCCAGUCACCUCGGCGACCAGAAGCCGCUCUGCUUCAGCAAUACGCUGACUAGCCUGGGACGCGGCAGACGAAGUGGCCCUAGAAGAUUGGGCGGCCGCACGAGGCUUAGCCAACGCCGCAUGUUCCUUGUUGGCCUUUGCUUCACGGCGAGCCGCCAUAGCUGCAUUGUCCAUUUUCUCUUGAGUAGGGGGAGGACCUGAAACAAAAAAGUAACGUUAGUACCGAGCGGUGCGAAUCACAAAGGCACUCACCUCAGGGAAUGGACCGCCCGGGCCCACAAGAUGAACACAAGAGAUCGCCAGUCCAGGGAUCACGGGCGGUACCUAUCCAUGCGUCAGAAAGUGCCUCAAUGGUCAGAAGGACCUUCAGCUUCCUAAUGCCGCCCAGCCUCAGCUUAUCCACGGCAUCCCGCAACGUCGAGGUUAGCUCCGGCGCCUGAACCUUCGGAGGGUAUCCAUUCCACCUCACAGGAAGCCGCUCGUCCGCGUAGCGAAUAAAGAAAAAGCGAUUUUUCCAGUCGUGGAUAGAGAAGGGAGCCCCCUCGAACAACUUUCUUUUAGGACGAGCGGCCACACUCAGGAACCCAUCAGCAUUUUGGGGAGUGACUUGGAAAAAAUAAUGAAAAAGCUCCAGUGAAAAGGUGAGCCCCAGAAAUUUGCAGAGAACGAGGAAGGCAGAGAUCAGAUGGUAGGAGUUCGGCAUGAAUUGGGCCGGAACAACACUGUAAAACUCGAAGAAGUCAAGGUAAAACGAGUGGAGUGAGAAGCGCAGUCCGGCCUUUAAAGAAUCCAUAUGCACCAUCACCAUGCACGGGCGUCUCAUGAGGAGAUUAUCUGCGCCUCAGAGGCUAUAGUAAGCAGGCGGGGGGAGAAUAAUUUGUAGUUCCCUCAGGGCCCUCUUGGAGAAGACCUGUUCGAUCACGGCUACAUUGGGAAUAAGCACUAUGUGCCUGUGCUGAUCCAUAGGGACGCCGAACUUAUAGAUCCGGAGGUCGUCCCCUUCUUCGGCCUCCUCACCCGAGUCAUGAUCGGCUGGAUGCCCCACCGCCGCGGCAGGUUGUGCCAUCAUCGCAACGGCGUUCUCAGGAUCGACGACCAUAUCAACAUGUUCUCCUGCGACCGGGAUUGCGGCAUCAGCCACUGCAUCAGGGACUGUCAUCGAAGAAGCGCUGGAACGGCCAGAACCGCUCGCUUCCGCCGAGGAGCGGGAUCUGAGUUCUGAUGCCGAAGAUGAACCGGCUGAAGAGCCAGUAGAAGAGCUAGAGCCAGUUUCCGAAGAGGAAGAAAUCACCAUGGAGCAGGCCAUGGGGAGGUUUACGAAAAGAAAGGAAGAGGUCGGGAUUAGGGAAUUACCUUGCUAAAAGAUUGGGGGAGAAAUGAACACCGGAACUCGAAAUAAUCGUUGAACGGCGCUAGGAAGGCAAGAGGAGACAACGGAUGAAAAGCCCUAAUCUUUCCCAUAUUCCCGGUAUUUAUAAGGGGAGGCGCCGGAUCAGUGACCAACCCGCGGGCGACACGUGGCAAGGAGCGUAUACAGAGAUGUGUGUCGCGUAGAGACGGGCUGAUACGAAAUGAUUACUUUUGCAUUGGAAGUUGAACCGGCCAGAUAGCUGGCACCUAGAGCCCCGCGAACAACGGCGGGAAGCAACCAUCACCUAGAGGAAAAGGGAGCAACAGCUCAAGGCGGUACGGCGGAAGUUAUCUUACUUCUUUAUGUCCCGCGCACGCUCGGAACAUCAGAAGUGGGGGACUUGUAUUGGGUUAAUGGCCUACCAGGGCCGGCCCAUUAACCCCUAGGGAUGAACGUAGCCCUGCAUAGCCAGGCCCCAGGGCCCAAGGGCCAGGGGACAAACGUAGCCCCACAUAACCAGGCCCAAGGGCCAGAGGACGUACGUAGCCCAGCAUGGCCAGGCCUCAGGGUCCAAGGACCAGAGGACGUACGUAGCCUCGUGGGACCAAGCUCCAGGGCCCAAGUUCCAGGGGACGUACGUCCCAGGGUAGCCAGGGGACGAGCAUCUUGUGGACUACGCUUAAGGGCCCAGGCUGCCACCAGAGGGCUGAGUCCAGUUUAGGGGACGGACGUCCCCCACGCUAUGGCGGGAAACCAAGAUCUUGGCGGGAAGCGCAUUAAAUGCAGGAGAUUUAGUAGUUGGGAUCAUGUCACCCACAGCCGGCCACGUCAGCCCCCCAACCACCAUGGGAUACUAUAAAUAGUCGCAUUUAUUUCAUUGUAAAGGGUUCGCCCUUCAACACUCUAGAAUUGUAAUAGCAUCAACGGCACGUAGUUUAGCUCAUUACGUUCGGCCCCUCGGCUUGUAAUCGUAAAAGUGAAUGAAAUAUAGUUAUUAACCCACUCCCCGUUGUUUAGUGAGCUUGUUUUGCUUUCCACCCAUUUGAAACCCCCAGGUUACGUGUU